CAGUCCCGGCCUUGAGUAAGAGGCUUCUCUCCAAAUUUGGUCUCGCGCCAGUCCCUGCCCACCCCAGAAUUCUCCUGGGGAUCAAAUGAUAGAAGGCAAAGCGCCUUAAAGCAAAGGCAAGGUGUUGUAUGUGGGACAUGCCUGUUAGGAAAUGUGAGACAAACUUAAUUCGGUAAAAAGUGACUCCUUUGAAAUUGUUUCAGGGCCGGGGAGGGGAAGGGAUGUGGAAGGAUUUUAGUGCCGCCAGUGGAAUAGCGAGAGUGGGCUUUCGAUGGGUGAAAUACAGAAUGGUAAAUGGAGUAGCCUAGGUAUCGAGCCCGGGGCCAGAGGCGCUCGUGAGGAUGAGGGAAAAGAGCGGAGGUAGACGAACAGCUGGCUGUGUGCGAGGACGGCGUUGCAAGUGUGGGUCUCGUCCUCGACGUUUGCUGUCAUGAUGUCUUGGAAGAGAAAAAUCUCCCCACCUGAUGCUUUUAGGUUUAGGAAACCGGCAUUGAAUGACGUUUCCAGCCUGAGAAGCACUGGAAUAAAGAGCCUAGGAUUAAAAAUGAAAUGUUACUCCCGGGAAUACUUUUGUGAGAAAGGAAAAGCUGAACAUUUGUUUUGCCUUUGUGUCUUGCCAUUCCUCUGAAGAACAGAAGGCACAUUAUAAAACCUGACGCUUCCCUUUCCAUUCUCUGAGAUUACAGCAAAAUGGAUAUAUCAAAUCCCCCAACUUCCAAAUGUAUCACUUAUUGGAAAAGAAAAGUUAAAUCCGAAUACAUGCGACUUCGACAACUUAAACGGCUUCAGGCAAAUAUGGGUGCAAAGGCUCUGUAUGUAGCAAAUUUUGCAAAGGUUCAAGAAAAAACUCAGAUCCUCAAUGAAGAGUGGAAGAAGCUUCGUGUCCAACCUGUCCAGUUGAUGAAGCCUGUGAGCGGGCAUCCUUUCCUCAAAAAGUGUACCAUAGAGAGCAUUUUCCCAGGAUUUGCAAGCCAACAUAUGUUAAUGAGGUCUCUGAACACAGUUGCAUUGGUUCCCAUCAUGUAUUCCUGGUCUCCUCUCCAGCAGAACUUUAUGGUAGAAGAUGAGACGGUUUUGUGCAAUAUUCCCUACAUGGGAGAUGAGGUGAAAGAAGAAGACGAGACUUUCAUUGAGGAGCUGAUCAAUAACUACGACGGGAAGGUCCACGGUGAAGAAGAGAUGAUCCCUGGAUCUGUCCUGAUUAGUGAUGCUGUUUUCCUGGAGUUGGUAGAUGCUCUGAAUCAAUACUCAGAUGAAGAAGAGGAAGGGCACAAUGACACCUCAGAUGGAAAGCAAGAUGACAGCAAAGAAGAUCUGCCAGUAACAAGAAAGAGAAAACGACAUGCUAUUGAAGGGAACAAAAAGAGUUCCAAGAAACAGUUUCCAAAUGAUAUGAUCUUCAGUGCAAUUGCCUCCAUGUUCCCUGAGAAUGGUGUCCCAGAUGACAUGAAGGAGAGGUAUCGAGAGCUAACAGAGAUGUCCGACCCCAAUGCACUUCCCCCUCAGUGCACACCCAACAUCGAUGGCCCCAAUGCCAAGUCUGUGCAGCGGGAGCAGUCCUUGCACUCCUUCCACACCCUUUUUUGUCGGCGCUGCUUUAAAUACGACUGCUUCCUUCACCCUUUUCAUGCCACCCCUAAUGUAUAUAAACGCAAGAACAAAGAAAUCAAGAUUGAACCAGAACCAUGUGGUACAGACUGCUUCCUGUUGCUGGAAGGAGCAAAGGAGUAUGCCAUGCUCCACAACCCUCGCUCCAAGUGCUCUGGUCGUCGCCGGAGAAGGCACCACAUGGUCAGUGCUUCCUGCUCCAACACUUCAGCCUCUGCUGUGGCUGAGACUAAAGAAGGGGACAGUGACAGGGACACAGGCAAUGACUGGGCCUCCAGUUCUUCAGAGGCUAACUCCCGCUGUCAGACCCCCACAAAACAGAAGUCUAGUCCGGCCCCCCCUCAGCUCUGUGUAGUGGAAGCACCCUCGGAGCCUGUGGAAUGGACUGGGGCUGAAGAAUCUCUUUUUCGAGUCUUUCAUGGCACCUACUUCAACAACUUCUGUUCAAUAGCCAGGCUUCUGGGGACUAAGACGUGCAAGCAGGUCUUUCAGUUUGCAGUCAAAGAAUCACUUAUCCUGAAGCUGCCAACAGAUGAGCUCAUGAACCCCUCGCAGAAGAAGAAAAGAAAGCACAGGUUGUGGGCUGCACACUGCAGGAAAAUUCAGCUGAAAAAAGAUAACUCUUCCACACAAGUGUACAACUACCAGCCCUGUGACCACCCAGACCGCCCCUGUGACAGCACCUGCCCCUGCAUCAUGACCCAGAAUUUCUGUGAGAAGUUCUGCCAGUGCAACCCGGACUGUCAGAAUCGUUUUCCUGGCUGUCGCUGUAAGACCCAGUGCAAUACCAAGCAGUGUCCUUGCUAUCUGGCAGUGCGAGAGUGCGACCCCGACCUGUGUCUCACCUGUGGGGCCUCAGAGCACUGGGACUGCAAAGUGGUUUCGUGUAAAAACUGCAGCAUCCAGCGUGGCCUCAAGAAGCACCUGCUGCUGGCCCCCUCAGAUGUGGCCGGAUGGGGCACCUUCAUUAAGGAGUCUGUGCAGAAGAACGAAUUCAUUUCUGAAUACUGUGGCGAGCUCAUCUCUCAGGAUGAGGCUGAUCGACGAGGGAAGGUCUAUGACAAAUACAUGUCCAGCUUCCUCUUCAACCUCAACAACGAUUUUGUGGUGGAUGCUACCCGGAAAGGAAACAAAAUUCGAUUUGCAAACCAUUCAGUGAACCCCAACUGUUAUGCCAAAGUGGUCAUGGUGAACGGGGAUCAUCGGAUUGGGAUCUUUGCCAAGAGGGCAAUUCAAGCUGGUGAAGAGCUCUUCUUUGAUUACAGGUACAGCCAAGCUGAUGCUCUCAAGUACGUGGGGAUCGAGAGGGAGACUGAUGUCCUUUAGCCCUCCUGGGCCCCAUGCCAGCGCUUAUGGUAGCGGCACUGUCUUUGCUUUCAUGCACACACCACUGCUGCUCCAGUUUCCUGCAUCUGUGUCUCCCACACCGAGGAACCCCCCACCCACUCCCUCUGUAGUAAGGCCUCAGCUGUGUCCAGUGGGGACAAAACUAUCUCAAUGAGAGGGGAGACAGAGGCAGCUAGGGCUUGGGCUCCCAAGAGAGAGAGUUGCAGAAGUGGGAGACUGCAUCUUAGGCCUCAGAGGAAGAGAGCACAGGCUGGGGAUGGGUGACUUGUGCUUGUUUCUUGUCAGCUACCCAGACUGUGGGCCUCAGGAAUCAACUUGGGCAGUUCCUAACAAGCAUUAGCCUGUAAUUCUAACUUUCCAAAUCAAGGGUCCUUAUGUAAUUGGGUUGCCAGCUUAUCUCUCUAUGGUCCUAAGACCUGGAGAAGACAGGCUAAGUGAAGUUUGGUACCUGGAGCUUGUGAGUGCUCAAGGUUAAAGGUGGGCCUGGUGGGCGGCACAGACUGAAUUCAGAGGGGAGAUGGGCCACCUUACUGUCUCUUCCCUCCUGGCAGGGUUCAAACUGAAAGAGCGUGGAUUCUAAGUAUAGAUAUUCAAUGCUGGGAGAAGGAAAGCUAAGUGCCAUCCUCCUAUGGACAGAAAGCAAGAACCAGCCAGACGACAGUAGUUAAACUGCUAAGCUUGGGGCCCAGCAGGCUUUGAGAAUCCUUCUCUGUAUACUCUGGAGAUGGAUCGAUAAGUUUUCAAUUCCCGGGAGCAGGUGCCAGUGCCUCGUCAGCUCCUUCCAGAGUUCUGGCUUAGUGACGGCAGGCCGGCGUCAUGCUGCUACUGAAGAAGCAUUGGGGAUGUGCUGAGCUGGGUCUCAGCACUCUGGUUCCCUGUAUAUGGAGUUGUUUUCAUGCCUUUCAUCCUCCUUAGAGGCCAGACCCACGGGGCACUGUUGCAUAUCUCUUCCAGGUAGAUGGGCGCAGGCCUGGACUAGAGAGGGGGAAAGUUGCUGGUGUGAUGUACUUUCCUGUCUGUAGUACCUGCUGUUGGGAAGGGUGAGCUGACAGUAUGUGUUUGGAGAUGGGUGAGGGGCUCCCAAAUUGCACUUGUUUAGGAUGGCACCACCUGUGCAGUGCAGAUGGGCAGAGGGUGUUUGAAGUGUCAAGAAGGAACAGGCUGACCCCCUGUGCCAGUCCGUGGUGCCAUUGCCUCUGGGAUCCAUGCAGAGCAAAGCACUUUAUUUCUUUUAGAAGGUCUGUAGAUUGAGGUGGAGUUUGAGCCAAGGUCUCUGGGGUCCCUGCCCACAUCCCAUUCCUGAGGGACGGGGAAGGAGGGAAUGGAAGAUUCUCCUCCAGUUCUGUCUCAUCUCCUAGUGGAGGCAAGAGGAGCUGCCUUGACACAAAAGAAUUGCAUGAGAAUGGGGCCAGCUCUAAGAGCUGUCCCUUUGCCUCUGGCUGGUGUGCUGAGCUGGCAGGGAAUAAGGAGCACUGUGCUGGGUGAAAAGGACAUAGGCAGGUACAGACUGGCCUGGGGAGUAUUAGAAUACGGAGCAGGCUUCUCCCUUCUCUCUGGGAAAUCAGAGCAUCUCUUCCCUGGUCUGUGCUGACCACUUGCUUCUUCCAACCCCACUGGUUGUCCCACGAAGCAGGGAGUGGGGUUCCCUCUGGCCAAGCUGUCACCUAGGGAUUUUUGUGGACAUGUACACACUCACUCACAUACUCACUCGCCACACUUGUGAGCACACAUGCACUUGGCACUGAGCAUACACCCAGCCAGCGCCUGACAGAGCCUCUUCCCACCUGACUGGCCAGCCCCCACCAUGAUUCUGAAAUCCACAUCUGCUGUGGUUUAUAUUCAUUGUGUAUUAGAAACACCCUCUAGCUGGACUGUGGGCUCUGAAUUACUCAUAGAGAAAAAACAGAGGCAGAUGAAGAAGGAGGAGUUAAGUCUGUCUGAAAUGCCAGGGGCUGGCCGUGAGGAGUAGGUGGGGAAAAAAAAAAUUUCAUCCAGCCUUUGAGGGGCUAGACUGACCCCACCUUCCCUCAGUGUGCAGAAUCACUGUGGUCAGUCCUCUCCUUCCCCAGUUUCAGACCACUAAUACUCCUGUUCCUCCAGCAUUCCCAACCUUUUUCCCUGCUGUUGCUCACCUUUAAUGACGGGUCUUUAUCCCUCCCCCGGCCCGACAUGUAAUGAUGGAUGCAGCAAGGUGGUGGGGACCGGGGAGAGGCUGGUAUAUGUGUGGCUUUAUUGCCAGUGAAUUUCACGCACUUUAAAGUCCUGUGGCUUGUGACCUCUUAUCUGAAUAAAGUGGUAGAAUCCAUUUUGGCA